AUUAUUAUGCGUGCCAUUGCACAGUUAGACUGAGUAAUACAAAUAGCAUAACUGCUGCUUAGAACCUGACGAGACGAGCAGAGAUAUAGAAAGAGGUCCAAAAUGGCCGGUGGAGGGUUCGCAGUGGAUUCACCAAACAAUGACUUCGCUGGAAAAAUAACACUCUCAGUUAUCAUCACUUGCAUCGUUGUUGCUUCCAGUGGACUCAUUUUUGGAUAUGACCUCGGUAUUUCAGGAGGUGUGACAACAAUGGUACCAUUUCUGAAGAAAUUCUUCCCUGAUAUACUGAGAAAGGCUGCUAGUGCAGAAGUAAACAUGUACUGUGUGUAUGACAGUCAGAUAUUGACAUUAUUCACGUCUUCUCUAUACCUAGCUGGGUUAGUGUCAUCUCUUGUAGCUAGUAAAGUCACAAGUGCCAUGGGUCGGAGAAACACCAUCAUUUUGGGUGGUACCAUCUUUCUUAUCGGUGGUGGACUUAACGGAGGUGCUGAAAAUAUCUCUAUGCUCAUUUUGGGCCGUAUCAUGCUCGGCCUUGGCGUCGGUUUCACUAAUCAAGCUGCGCCACUGUACCUUUCUGAAAUCGCACCACCGAAAUGGCGAGGAGCUUUCAACACAGGGUUCCAAUUUUUCAUAUCAGUUGGAGUGCUUGCCGCAGGCUGCAUAAACUUCGGAACAAAGGAUCAUACAUGGGGGUGGCGAGUCUCUCUUGGCCUCGCCGUGGUCCCCGCAGCCGUUAUGACAGGUGGUGCCUUCCUUGUAACUGACACUCCCAGCAGCUUGGUUGAACGUGGCAAAAUAGACCAAGCCAGAAAGGCCUUGGUCAAAGCCAGAGGAUCCUCCAUCGACGUUGAACCCGAAUUGGAAGAACUCAUUAGGAUGUCACAAGUUGCAAAAUCUAUGCAGGAGGAGCCCUUCAAGACCAUAUUUGAGAGGCGCUAUCGACCCCAUUUGGUCAUGGCGAUUCUUAUCCCCUUUUUUCAACAGCUCACGGGGAUUAACAUCGUUGCAUUUUAUUCUCCUAACCUCUUUCAAUCAGUGGGUUUUGGACACGAUGCCGCUUUACUUUCUACCAUUAUACUCGGAGUAGUCAACCUUAUUUCUCUCUUAAUCUCCACGGCUAUUGUUGAUCGCUUUGGUCGAAAAUUCUUGUUCAUAUCUGGUGGCCUUGUCAUGUUUGUUUGCCAGAUUGCGGUGUCUACUGAGCUAGCAGUGGUGACCGGUGUUCAUGGUACAAAGGAUGUAUCCAAGGGAAAUGCAAUUCUGGUGUUGGUGCUUCUCUGUUUCUACUCGGGAGGUUUUGGUUGGUCGUGGGGCCCUCUCACCUGGCUAAUUCCGAGUGAAAUUUUCCCCUUAAAGAUCAGAACCACUGGACAAAGCAUAGCUGUUGCUGUGCAGUUCAUAACCAUAUUUAUAUUGUCCCAAACAUUCUUGUCAAUGCUAUGCCACUUUAAGUUCGCUGCCUUCUUGUUCUAUGCGGGUUGGAUUGUGAUCAUGACUAUCUUUGUUAUAUUUUUCUUGCCCGAGACUAAAGGAAUCCCCUUGGAGUCAAUGCAGACCAUAUGGGGUAAACACUGGUUUUGGCGCCGCUUUGUCAAAGAAGUUCACGAAGAAAAUCAUCCAUGAAAUAAAUAUCACUCUAGGUACUGUUGUUUGUAAUCAAUGGUUGAAAAUUAUUGGCUUUUCCCUCUACAGAUAAAGGGUUUUGUGUAUAUGAAGAAAAACUAUAUCAUAAUAAACACUUUUAUGACCA